AUGUCUUCUUUCACCUUCCGCAUUCCUAAGCACCGGAGAGUCGCUAUCGACGACGACGGCGCCUAUCAGCCUGCGGUCACUCGCAAAAGACGCCGCAAAACAAACGAUCUCCAUUUCCUAGACACCGAAUUAUUCCCAGACUCACAGUUCCUGGUCCCUUCUUCCGAUCUUCUGAAAUCCAUCCAUCACUUGGCCUCCAGCUAUUACACCGACCGUGGCCAGCUCUUCAACGAUUCUCGCACAUUCCGUCAACAACAACUUGCAAGGCGGAAAGCGAAGAAGGCUCGCAAGAGUCUAGAUGACGAGGAGAACGACAGCGAGAAAGAACCACCGUCAAGGGAAGAUACGACGCGGCGAAGAGACAUGUACAAGACAAUGGAUGGGUCAGCAUUACUCGCUAUUGGCAUGCUCUUGCAAGAACAUGUCUCGCGCGCAUUAGCCACUAGAAUCCCCUCAGACUGGAAACCAGACGCCCCAGAAGUUAAUAGAUGA